CACAUGGCUGAGACGCAGCUUCCAAGCGUUGCUAAAGAGAUAAGUGUGGCCCUGCCCUCCCUUGCUUAACAAGCACACAGGAUUUGCAGCCGCUGCACUUGGAUCCAGGGAAGAAAAGGUUUUUAAAGGGAAUCAAGUAUAGAUCUGCUAAAUCGAUCCCUGAUUGCUGAGCUCCAGCACUGCGCGAGGCGGAAGCAACGUUGACAGGGAGCCGCCACUGUCGAUCCCGCGCUGCAAAGACACAAAUCGGACAGCUGGCUGGUCUGCCCCCACCCCUCCAUGGCUAACCCAGAGGACCAAGGAAUGGAGACACACACGAGUCCCAUAGAAAAGCUCAGGGCACAGUGCUUGGCAAGAGGCUCAGCUGGCAUUAAGGGGCUGGCCAGAGUUUUCCACAUCAUGGAUGAUGAUAAGAGCAGGUCCUUGGACCUAGCAGAGUUUGUGAAAGGCCUGAGCUCAGCUGGCAUCAUGCUGGGAAGCAGGGAGGCACAGCAAAUCUUCAGCCUCUGUGACAAGAACAGCAGUGGCACGAUGGAUUUUGAUGAGUUCCUGGAAGUCCUGAGGCCACCCAUGUCAGCUGCCAGGAAGCAGAUUAUAGCUGAUGCAUUUCACAAACUGGACAAGACUGGUGCUGGCGUGGUGAGCGUGGAGGAUCUCCAUGGGGUGUAUGAGGGCAGAACUCACCCCAAGUACCAGAGCGGGGAAUGGACAGAGGAGCAGGUGUUCCGAGCAUUCCUGGACAGCUUUGACUCGCCCAGUGACAAGGAUGGGAAGGUCACAGCUGAGGAGUUCCUGAACUACUACAGUGGGGUCAGCGCAUCCAUUGACAGCGAUGACUACUUCGUGGCUAUGAUGAAGAGAGCCUGGAAGCUGUAGCACAUGUGGGGAAUCCAGUGCAGUCCUGGAAGAUGCUAUAUUAGAACCAGAUUAGGGCAGUUUCCAAAUAUCCUAUUCAACAUUUCAUAGCAAAAUGCUGUUUUUCGUAGUGAUCAAAUCGCUUGCCACCACGAGGCCCAGCUUAGAGUUACCAGGCCUUUCCAGAGGCUGUGAAAUCUUGACACCUGCCUGCAGAAUAGAGAAUCAUAGAUUAGUGUUGGAGAGACCUCAGGAGGUAUCUAGUCCAACCCCCUGCUCAAAGCAGAACCAAUUCCCAACUAAAUCAUUCCAGCCAGG